AUGAUGCCUGGUCCCUCGGAACCAACACCUGUCCAACUAAACCAUAUACUUGAACCACUGGUGAAGGAGCUCUGGCUUCUCAAGAAUGGCGUUAGCAUGGACAUACAUGGCGAGGAAGAGCCCGAGAAUGUGUUUGGUGAUAUCAUGUGCACAAACUGUGAUACACCUGCUGCACAGUGUCUCUCUGGUCAAGCAGGGCACUCUGCAGACCUUCAUCCUUGUCCAUAUUGUUCAACUGUGAUGCUGGAUAUCAACAAGGUGUCAUCAUAUGGUGACGGAGACCGUACACUCAAAGAUGAUGAAGACUUGCUUUACUAUGCUUUCCAGUAUCACAAUGCACCAACUGCUCACCAGAAACCAUAUCCUCAAGCACCAAGGUAUCUGGUGGUCAGAAUUAAAUCUGAUACCCAACUGGCUUCCUUGAAGGAAAACUGCCCUUGA